UGUCAGAUCAACUAAUGAAGGACUACUCCCAGUCAUAAAUCUAUUUUUUUUGUUAAGGUGCUGCAUUUUGUGCCACAGAAACAUGUACAUGACAGGUGAAACCACACCAUGGUAGUGAUCAUUUUUGGUUACCUUUUGCGGAGACCAGUCAGUUAACUUAUGAUACAAAGUGUACUCUGCUGGCUUGUGGCUAAAUAGUAACAGGUUUACAAACUGCCAAUGGUCAAAACUUAUAACCGAAAGUUGACAUAUCUGAAGUCAUUAAAUGGCUGGACACUUGUGAAACAAAUAGCAGCUUUAUAUCUAUCCUUGUGUAGUCCUGUAUGACUCCUAAUCUAUUGUGCAUUUCCUAUCUAGUUAAUACAUUUCUCAGAUACCAUUUAUCGACAUGGUCUGUGACAAAAUCUGGUACUAAGGCCAAUUACCUAUAGACUAAUGCACCGAAGAAAUCACAGUAUAACCUGUCUUUGGGCUUACAAUAAAAAUAGGGAUAUAUUUUUAUUGUCAAAAUCUAUGGGCUCCACUUACCUGCUCAUGAGACAGGCAAAUCACUCAAACCACUGUGAUAUUCUGAAAGAUUAUUUGACUUGACCACGUGAGGUGCUGAGUGUUUUGUUAACCACAAGGGGGCAUACAAGUACCUUUCUGGAAGAUAAACAAACCGUAAUUUGCAGAAAACAGCAAUACCCUUUUAGCUGUCUCUGUCCAACAUUGACGACUGAAGAUGGCGGCGUCAGGAAGCACAGCUCCCCGUCGCCUCGUUCAAUAUGUUGUGGUCCGGUCCGACCUGGUCCAUACUUUGUCCUGGCCAUUGGGGGCGGUUAUUACACAAGCCUGCCAUGCUGCUACCGCCGCCAUUCAUUUGAACUACGACGACCCAGACACUCAGGAAUACUUGGCAGAGUUGGACAGCAUGCACAAAGUGGUGCUUCAGGCUCCGGACCAGGCCUCCCUCUCCAGCCUGUCUGAGACACUGAAGGAGAAAGGGGUGGCUCACAAGCUCUGGAUUGAACAGCCAGAGAAUGUCCCCACCUGCCUGGCACUAAAGCCUUACCCAAAAGACUCUGUUCAUCCGUUGCUGCGCAAGUUUAAACUGUUCAAAUGACUCAGAGGGAACCUUUGAUGGAGCGUGUAUGGUGUAUAGAGUCUGGACCACAGCCUCACAACUGUUAACGUUUUAUUUUUAGUUGGACUGUGCAACUUAGUAACACUGAACGGGGAAGAAUUGCUCAUGGCCGUUGUCCAGAUCAACAUGAGUUUUCACCUCUCAGAUACAGCAUGCCUCUGUGUCCUACAGUAACAUGGAUGAACAUUGUGUGGUCCAAUAAAAUGGUCUCAAUUACAUGAAUUUCCUCUAGCUACUGAUGGAUGGAGUCUGUUCAACAAGACAUUCUAGAUGCAACAAAACACAAUCAGCUCAUUUCUCUUGUAUUAUUAACUAGAUCAAAAUACACAAUUCACUCCUAAUUAAAUAUUCUUAAUUACAAUGAACUAGUUAAUUACAAUGUACAAAAAAUGUCAUACUGAAAGAACACAGUUUAGUAAUAAAAAAAGACAGAAUCAACAAA